AUGCAGAGCUUCCUGAUGCUGCUGAAGGAGAGCGGGGGCACCUUCCCGCCCCCUGUGGAGCUGGUGGACCUUGUGGGAAAGCUGUGCUGGGACCUCCGGGAUGACCUCGCCCAGGUGGAGCCCUUGGUGGAGGCCGUGCUGGGGAGCCCACUCCGCCUGUACCUGCUGGACAGAGAGGAUGUGGUCGUGGCGUGUGUGCUUGUCCUGGCCCGGCAGGAGCAGCAUCAGGCAGCCUGCAGGCUCUUGGAGGAUUGUCGGGUGCCAGGGGGGAGCUUGCAGCUGGCGCAGCUCUGGAACGACAUCCAGUACCAUCUGGCCAUGAGGAAGAUGGGCGUGGCUGAGCUGACCCCCAUGCAGAAGUUCCGCUGCAGGCAGAGGAACCCCCCACCCCCCUCCCUCUGUCCCGAGGGCCUGAGGAGCCGGUACUUCCCCAGGGAGGUUCGACAGAAGCUGCAGGACUUCGCCUUAGGCGUGAGCACCAACCCCAACAAGGCCCAGCGGGAGAUCCUGUCAUCAGAGACGAGUCUGUCAGACGAGCAGGUCUACAACUGGUUUGCCAAUUAUCGCCGGAAACGAAGAGCCCUUCUCCAGCGUGUGGAGCCAGCAUGGGGGACCUCAGCAGAAGGCCCUGGUGCCUGGAGGAGGGGUCCAGAGCCCCCUCAUCCCUCAGGGGACCCCCAUUCUGACCCUCAGUGUGUGGACACGUCUCAGUGGUCAGGUGAGUGGCCCGAGGAGGGGCCUCCAUGGUACCCAGAGACCACUCAAGGACUGUGGGCACCGCUGGCUCCCACCCUGGACCUUCCUGGUGACGAGAUGCUCUCAGGGCCACCAGCUCUCAGGGGUAGACCUGGCCCCCUGACACUGGGGCCCAGGGCGGUGACAGCUGAGAGCAGAGAUGGCCGUGGUCCUAAGGGUCAAGGGGAGGCACAAGCAAGGGAUCGCAUCGUGGACAGUUGA